AUGGAAACAGAUCUGGAAGAGGAAACAGACCUGAAAAAGAAUCAACCAAAGAACUACAUAGAUCUAGCUCGAUCCCUCUUCUAUUYUGAACAACUUGACUUUGUAACAUUAUCACUUUCUACCCUUAUCAGUCACUUUUCUGUCAAAAUAAGGACAAUAAUUAAGAUAACAAGAAAUCACACAAACCUUCCUCCUUCCCCUCCUUCUUUCCCCAUUUUCGGCCAUUUCCAUCUUAUCAAAGACCCAUUGCAUAGAGUUUUGCAGAAACUUAGUCUCAAAUAUGGUCCAGUUUUCACCCUUCGAUUUGGGUCAUACCCAGUUCUUAUUCUAUCCUCACCAUCCACCCUUGAAGAAUGUUUCAUGCAAAACGAUGUUUUGGAAGAUCGGCCACGUUUAAUCACCGGAAAGUUCAUGAAAUAUGAUUACACCUCCAUUAUCCCCGCCCCUUUUGGCCCAUAUUGGCGGAAGCUCCGCCGCAUCACCACCAUUGAACUCUUCUCGAUUACCCGUCUCAACACUUAUGUGGAUAUCAGACAAGAUGAAAUACGAUCAUUAAUAAAAACCCUAUUUCUGGAAUCUGUUGAUCAUGAUGAUUUCACGAAAGUGGGAUUCAGAUCAAAGCUGCAAGAUAUGUCGUUUAAUAUCAUCAUGAGGAUUGUUUCUGGGAAACGAAACUUUGGUCCUGAACUUGAUGAUUUGAAGGAGGCAGUUAACUUUCAAGAUAUGAUCAGGGAGAUCUCGAAAGUUGGUGGGGGUUUGUAUUUAUCAGAUCAUUUUCCGUUCUUUCGGUGGAUCGAUUUCCAGAGUAUGAAGAUGACAUUAUUGAGAUUAAAGGUGAAAAGUGAUGCAUUCUCGGAUGAAUAUGGCAAAAAACAUGGGGUUUCUAACAAGAAAUUGAUGGAUGCCAUGCUUUCUUUGCAUGAAUCAGAGCCUGAAAGUUACCCAGAUCAGAUACUCAAGGGAAUUAUGUUGACAAUAUUACUUGUGGGUACAGAUACUUCUGCAGUUACGAUAGAAUGGGCUAUGUCACUUCUCCUAAACCAUCCACACGUUUUACAAAAAGCUAGAUUCGAGGUUGAUGAACACGUAGGACAAGACCACAUGAUACAGGAACACGAUCUUCAUAAACUACGAUACUUACAAAACAUAGUAAACGAGACUCUAAGAUUAUUUCCCACAAGCCCCCUCUUCGUGCCACACGAGUCCUCGAAAGAUUGCACCAUCGGAGGCUAUAGCAUACCACGUGGCACGAUGUUAUUGGUGAACACAUGGGCCAUCCAUCGGGACCCAAAGGUCUGGGAUGACCCCACAAGUUUUAGGCCAGAAAGAUUUGAGAAGCCAGUUGGAGAAGGGUAUAAUUAUAUACCAUUUGGAAUGGGAAAAAAGCAAUGCCCUGGAGCUGGCUUUGCGAAUAGAGAGGUUGGAAUGGCUUUAGCAGCCAUGGUUCAAUGUUUUGAGUGGAAAAGGGUUAGUGAGAAGAUGGUGGACUUGAAUGAAGCUAAAGGGUUAACCAUGCCAAAAAAUGAGCCAUUAGAGGCCAUGUGUAGAACAAGAGAAAGUAUGGUUAAUGUGCUCUCAAAACUAUAA